AUGCGUGUCUUGGAAACUUUCGUUGUUACCGUCCUAUGCUUUACACACAGCUUUACUAGACACGUAAAUGCUAGAGUCGUUAUUGGUGCUAAUGAUCUAGUAUCUCUGCCUCAAAGUGUACAUACGCAAGAUGAUUUGUUCAAUCCCCACGCAAAGCGAGAAGAUCCUGUCCUCGUGCCCAGAGCGAAUUCCAAGAAGACACCAGUUGCCGCACCCAACAAAAAAGUUACAACUUCGGCUUUGGCUAAGAUUCCAAAGUCUACGCCUGUUUCAAAAACUAGGUCGCCAGCGAAGUCUCCCACAAAAUCAGCUAUCAAAUCCAACGCCAAAUCUACUACUACCAAAUCCACUGCUGCCAAGUCCGGUACUAGAUCUGCUACCAAAACCUUUGCUAGAGCUACAGGAACUGCUUCUCAGGGUGCAAAGAAAACCGGAAAUGCUGAUAUUCCAGUCGCAUCUGACGCGGCCGAACUUAGAAAGGACAUCCCUGCUGACCUCGAUCCUAAAGAUGUGCCGAAGGGCAAAGUUCCAGACUCCUGUCCUAUGCCGGCAGGAGGAGGUUCAGGUACCGGCGCAACUCCUUCUGCUGCUGCUACUGCUUCUGUCAAAAAGCCAGACAUUAGCAAACGAUCUCCGUCUUCUUUCUCAUCUCAUACGCGCGCUGCAAGAGCAAAUAAAGAUAAGCUUCAUUCCUAUCUUUCUCGCCAGAGACAAGCCAGAGAUGCUGCAGCCGACGCUAGAAGACAAUUGCGUGAACUGGAUCAAGACCUCUUGGACCACAGAGACGCCCGUAUACACUUGACAGUUGAACAGCGUGAAGAAACUAUACGCGACAUAGCCCGUCUCGAACGACGUCUCCGCGACCUCAAGGCUGACCGUCGGAGGUUUAAGCGCUCUAUCCAAACGUACACUCGAGACCUUCUUUACGAGCUGUGUUGGCUGGAAGAUUACGCUGAUAAUAUGCAAAGAUCUCUCCCAGCUGAAAUCGCGGAGAUGAUUGCUGAUUACUCUUAUUAUGAAAGACUUGCCGAGGAUGAUCCUGAUGCUUAG